AUGACUAUCCGCGUUGGAACCGCCUCACCCCACACUCAGGCCACCACUAAACUCACCCUCGCCCACCUCGAAGGCAUCGCCCGUCGCGCCGCAGACCGGGGCGUCGACAUCCUCCUGCUGCCAGAAGCCUUUAUCGGCGGCUACCCGCGCAACACGACCUUUGGCGCCGUUGUGGGAAGUCGCUCUGCUGAAGGCCGGGAGUCGUUUGCUCAGUACUUUGAAAAGGCGGUUGAUCUGGGAGAUACCGUCGGCGAAGGCAGUGCGGGCGCCGGAUUGAGAUGGGUGCGUCGGCAACUUCCUGGGUAUGAGGAGGGUGGUAAAGGACGAGGCGAUGGAACGCGAGAAGAGCUGGAGAGAAUUGCUCGCGAGACGGGCGUCUUUAUCGUGGUGGGAUGCAUCGAGAAAGCAGGUGGCAGCUUAUGGUGCUCUGUGCCGUAUAUCUGCCCACGAGAGGGCAUCAUCGGCAAGAGAAGAAAAGUGAAGCCGACCGGCACCGAGCGCAUCAUGUGGGCAGAAGGCCAUCCCUCCACCCUCCGCGCCGUGUCCACCACCAUCCGCGGCCAGCGCGUCAACCUCGCCGCCGCAAUCUGCUGGGAAAACUACAUGCCCCUGCUGCGCCAGUCGCUCUACAACCAGAACAUCAACCUCUACCUCGCGCCCACGGCAGACGGCCGCGAGGGCUGGCUCAGCGCCAUGCGCACCAUCGGCAUCGAGGGCCGGUGCUUCGUCGUCAGCAGCAACAUGUGCGUGCCCACCGAGGCCAACGCCAACAUGAGCCUGCCAAGUGAGGCCGGCCUGGCGUCCAUGGCCGCCCUCGGAGACCGGGAUGUGGUCCCGAACGACGGCGGGUCGAGGCGCGGCUUCGGCGCGGAAGGCGUGAGGAACGGCUCGCACCCGAGUCCUUCCCGGGCGAGGCACGGGCGACGGAAGAGCGUCUUUGAUGAGGAUGGCAAUGAGAUUGUGCUGUCGUGCCCUGCGGAGAAUGGCGACACUACUCAAGAAGAGCAGCAGCAGCAGCAGCAGCAGCAGCAGCAUCUUCCAAGAGUGGAAGAACAAGAACGCUCGGAACAAACUCAACAGCAGCAAAAACCUGCUUCAUACCUCUCCCGCGGCGGCUCUGUCGUCAUCUCGCCCUUUGGCGACGUCGUUGCCGGCCCUCAGUGGGAAGACUCGGAUAAUCUGCUCUACGCCGACAUUGAUCUCCGCGACUGCAUCCGUGGCAGACUGGACAUGGACACGGCGGCGAGUUAUGCGCGGAAUGAUGCGUUUAGGUUGACGGUGGAUGGGCUGGAAUUUGAUCCGCUGCCUUACUGA